AUGCUUGAGGAGAAUCCAAGGCAAUGGCAUGAAAAAUUGUCAGAAAUCUUGUGGGCCUAUAGGACUUCAAAGAGAGAAGCAACUGGUAUGACCUCAUAUGCUCUAACCUAUGGACAUGACGCGAUUCUGCCCACAGAAAUUACAGUCCAGUCCAUCAGAAUUGGCCAGCAGCAUAACUUAGUUGAUGAAGACUAUUCACAAGCAAUGCUGCUAGAGUUGGAGGGAUUGGAUAUAGGCAGAAUUGAUACUGUCGACAAACUCUUAGUAGGAAAAGAAGUUGUGGCAAGAGCCUAUAAUAAAAGGGUUAAAAACAAGAGCUUUGAAGAAGGAGAAAUCGUCUGGAAAGCAGUCCUGGGAUUUGAGGCAUACAGGUUACAAGACCAAGAUGGAGAAGCCCAUGCAGCGCUAAUUAAUAGCAAAUGGUUAAAGAGGUUCUAUCCAACUAUGUGGGAUUCAUAA